CACUUAACAAGUCAGAGAGGGAUUUGGCUGCGGGCAUGUAAUGCUUUGUGUCAGGUAGUGGAGCCGUAAGCCCGAGAUUAUCCUGUAAAGAGGGCCUGUCUCCAUCCUCUUAUGUCUUAGCGAGGCCAGGAUACGGGAGAGGGACAGCAGACGCACUGACAUAGGGGAAUAGUUAGGCUCUGGAUUGCGCAGCCAUGCCUCUGAGCAGAUCCCUCUCCGUCACGUCUCUGAAUGGCCUGCCGCAGGGGGAUGAAGAGGACCUGCCUAUUGAGGAUCUGUUGCUCUUCGAGAUCUCCUGGGAAGUCACCAAUAAAGUCGGCGGGAUCUACACAGUGAUCCAGUCUAAAGCCAAGAUCACGGCGGACGAAUGGGGGGAGAAUUACUUCAUGAUGGGCCCGUACUACGAGCACAACGUCAAGACGCAGGUGGAGAUCUGCGACCCCCCCGGGGUGGCCAUCAGGAAGGCAAUGGAUUCGCUGCAGGCUCAGGGCUGCCAGGUGUAUUUCGGCCGAUGGCUGAUAGAGGGGAGUCCGUAUGUUCUGCUGUUUGAUAUUGGUUCAGCCGCCUGGAAUUUGGACCGCUGGAAAGGGGAUUUCUGGGAGGCAUGUAGUGUGGGAAUUCCCUUCAGUGACCGUGAAGCCAAUGACGCCUUAAUAUUCGGGUCCCUUGUGGCAUGGUUCCUGAAAGAGCUGACGGAUCAGUUCCAGGACAAACCCAAUAUCAUCGCUCAUUUCCACGAGUGGCAGGCCGGAGCCGGAUUGAUUUUCUGUAGGAAUCGGAAGCUUCCCGUCGCCACCAUCUUUACCACCCACGCCACCCUGCUGGGCAGAUACCUGUGUGCCGGCAACGUGGACUUUUAUAACCGGCUGGACCAG